UUUUUUUUUUUUUUGUUACAUAUAAGCUAUGUCAUUACUGAAUCGUACAUUUUCACAAUUCAACACAACGACAAUUAAACAUAAUUUAUGGUCAAGUACAAUAACGAGACCUAUUCUUUCACCUAUAAUUAAAAAUACACCAGAAACCACUCAGGUGCGUUGGGCAACAAAGAGAUCCGGAGGUUCGUCACGUAAUGGUAGAGAUUCAGCAGGUAGAAGAUUAGGUGUAAAAAAAUUUGGAGGACAAGAAGUGAUUCCUGGAAAUAUUAUUUUACGUCAGCGAGGAACAAAAUUUCAUCCCGGUGAUAAUGUUGGUAUGGGUAAAGAUCACACAUUAUAUGCACUUGAAUCUGGAUUUGUUCACUUUUAUAAAGAUCCACAACAUCCUAAGCGACGAUAUGUGGGUGUAGUUUUUGAUCGUCAGGUAACACUUCCUAUUCCAAUGGAUCAACCAAAACCGCGAAAAUUUGAUUUAAUUGAUUUAACUGCUUUAUAAUGAAUAAAAAAAAAUGAUAUAUAGAAGAUGUAUAUAUAAUGGAA